AUGACCAUGUGUAGCGGAGCGAGGCUGGCCCUGCUCGUUUACGGGAUACUGAUGCACAGCAGCGUCUACGGCUCACCUGCCGCCUCCGGACUCCGGUUCCCGGGGAUCAGGCCGGAGAACGAGGCGUACGACGAGGACGGAAACCCGCAGCAGGACUUCUAUGACUCGGAGCCGCCAGGCGUGGGGAGCCCCGCCUCCGCGCUGCGCGAUGCCUACGCGCUCUACUACCCGGCGGAGGAAAGAGAUGUCGCCCACGGGAUCCUUGAUAAGGCCUACCGCAAAGUGCUGGACCAGCUGUCCGCCAGGAGAUACCUGCAGACGCUCAUGGCCAAGGGCUUGGGUGGGACCCCGGGCGGCGGCGCGGACGACGACUGGGAGCCGCUCUCCAAGCGCCACUCGGACGGCAUCUUCACUGACAGCUACAGCCGCUACCGGAAGCAAAUGGCUGUUAAGAAAUACUUGGCGGCUGUCCUAGGGAAAAGGUAUAAACAAAGGGUUAAAAACAAAGGACGGCGAAUACCGUACUUGUAG